AGAUUUAUAACAAUGACAUACAAUAACGAAACACUGCCCUCCAGCACCGGCAACUCAGCAACGGGGACAUUUUUUACAUAUCACAUACCAGGUAUGGAUGUUAAUCCUGGGCCCUAUGUCUUUACAUUAGUCAGUCAAUUUUUGGGUAUGAUAACACCCGAUGAACUACCCUUAGGUCAAGUUAGGCAAUUAAUACACUCUAAUUUAACUAUAAUCAAUUUCGCAACAAAUGCCAUCAAAACGGAAUCCGGUUUUAUAGCUCUCAUGAGUAUUUUUAUGAUUUUGGCUUUGGUGCCCAUAUUGGCAGCUUGUGCUUGGUGCUGUUGUCGUCGUUCACCUGCCGAAGAAUUGGAAUACUCACGUCAUGCACCCGUAAUAAUGAUAGAUGAUACUUUGGAGGAUACAUUGCAAUGUCGUAAAAAAGCCUCAAUAACAACCAUGUGGAUAGUUUUCCUAUUAUUAUGGUGAGCUGUAGUGCUUUAAGUAGUUUCGUUAUUG